AUGGAGGACAAGGAGAUCAAGUAUGUCGACGCCGAUGCCGCUCCUGGACAGAAACAGGCAUAUGUCGACGUUCUCCCGGGCGAAGUGUCAGACAAUGCCGACAAGCUACAACGUCGCCUGAAUAACCGGCAGAUCCAGUUGAUCGCUAUCGGAGGUUCGAUUGGUACAGCGCUCUUCGUCAGUAUUGGCGGCGGGCUCGCAAAAGGCGGACCUCUCAGCUUAUUUCUUGCGUACACGAUAUACUCCGUCAUGCUCGGCCUCGUCAACAAUUGCAUGGCCGAGAUGACUUGCUUACAACCCGUCUCCGGGGGUUUUAUUCGUAUGGCUGGAAAGUGGGUUGAUGACGCUUUCGGAUUCAUGGCAGGCUGGAAUUUCUUUCUCUAUGAGGCCCUCCUGAUUCCUUUCGAAAUCACCGCUCUCAACCUCGUCUUGUCCUUCUGGAGAGACGAUAUCCCCACCGCUGCCGUCUGCGCGGCCUGCAUUGUGCUUUAUGCUCUCAUCAACGUCCUCGCUGUCAGGGCCUACGGAGAGGCAGAAUUUUGGCUCUCGGGAGGCAAAGUAAUCCUGAUCUUCAUGUUGUUCAUGUUCACUUUUAUCACAAUGGUGGGGGGAAACCCUCGACACGAUGCCUACGGCUUCCGCUACUGGGAUAACCCUGGGCCGAUGGCAGAGUACCACUCUACCGGCGCGUUGGGAAGGUUUGAGGGCUUCCUGGCCUGCCUCUGGAGCGCUUCUUUCUGCGUUGUGGGACCGGAGUACUUGGCUAUGGUGGCCGCUGAAGCCAAGCGACCUCGAAUUUACAUCAAGAAGGCCUUCAAGACCAUCUAUUGGCGAUUCGGCAUAUUCUUCAUCCUUGGGUCUCUCUGCGUUGGUGUGGUGAUCCCCUACAACGACCCAACCCUCGUCGCCAUCGUUGGUGGCACUCGAUCUGGCGGUGGUACCGCUGCUGCGUCGCCAUAUGUGAUUGCGAUGAAGAAUUUGAAGGUCGAAGUUUUGCCUCACAUCACCAACGCCUUGCUCGUCACCAGUAUUUUCUCGGCCGGAAACACCUACACCUACUGUGCAACUCGCAGUCUCUACGGCCUUGCUCUUGAGGGUCGGGCUCCGAAGGUUCUCACCAAGUGCACCCGAAACGGGGUGCCUAUCUGGUCCUUCUGUGUGGUCAUGCUGUUCCCCCUCCUGUCCUUUUUACAGGUGUCCAGUGGCUCGUCGCAGGUCUUGACAUGGCUGAUCAACUUGAUCACGGCCGGCGGCAUUAUCGAUUAUAUCGUCAUGUGCGUGACAUACCUGUGCUUCUACCGCGCCUGCCAGGUUCAAGGCGUCGACCGCAACACCUUUCCUUAUACUGGUUGGUUCCAACCGUACUGCGGGUGGAUUGGUCUGGUUUGGAUGACCGUUAUUGUUAUCUUUUACGGAUACUCCAGUUUCACCCCUUGGGAUGUCGGCACUUUCUUCUCCUACUAUACAAUGGUCAUUGUGGCCCCUGUACUUUACGUGGGAUGGAAACUCCUCAAGCGCACAAAGAUCGUGUCCGCAGCAGGCGCCGACCUUGUCUGGGAACGACCAAUUGUCGAUGCAUAUGAAGCCACUUUCAUCGCGCCUCCCAUUGGAUUUUGGACUGAAAUGUUGCAGAUGAUUGGGCUGAAGCGAGCGAAGAAAGAUGACAGGCGAGGGUCCAUUUUAUCCACGGCGAGUGGCUGA